AUGUCCAUGAUCACAGCUGCGCAAUGGGUUCCUCGGGGGUUUGCAGCCCCGUUCCCCCAGAAAUACACUCUGGACGAAAGCGAGUUUGAAAGAAUAGCCGAGCUAGCGAAGCUCCAACUCGACGAUGCCGAAGAUGACUUGGAAGCGGCCCGACAGCAGGGACAAGGUUCAGACGAGAAAAACGAAAAGGCGCAAACAGACCAGCCUAUGGAAGUGGAGGGUAACGAGCCAAAAUCCGAAGUCAGAUAUGACGACGACGACUUGAAAGAAUACAAUCUAGAACACUACGAUGACGACGACGAAGACGAGGCGGCGGCAGGUGGACAGGGAAUAGGCAUGGGCAUGUUUGGAAACCUAAAAGCGCUAGCGUACUACGAGUCCAACAAAGACGACCCUUAUGUCACUCUGAAAGACGACGACGACGACGAUGACGAGAAGGAAGAUUUGCAAAUUCUCGCCACGGAUAACUUGAUUCUCUCUGCCAAGGUGGAGGACGAGCUUGCUCAUCUCGAAGUCUACGUGUUUGAGGACGAAGGCGACAAUCUUUACGUACAUCACGACAUCAUGUUGCCUGCCAUUCCUCUGGCUCUCGAGUGGAUUGACAUUCCAGUCAACAGCUCUGGCGGCGGCAAGGACGCCAGGGGUAAUUUCGUGGCCGUGGGAACCAUGGACCCGGACAUUGAGAUUUGGGACCUAGACACGAUUGACUGCAUGUACCCAAACGCCAUUCUCGGUCAGGGUGCUGCUGGCGCCGAAUCCGGAGAAAAGGAGAAGAAGACCAAGACGAAGAAGACAAAGAGCAAAAAGGGCAAAAAGGCCAAGGCCAAUGACGCACAUCAUGUCGAUGCGGUCCUCUCGCUGGCCGCCAACAGACAACAUCGCAACCUGCUCGCGUCAGCCUCGGCCGACCGGACGAUCAAGCUGUGGGAUCUCAACACGGCAAAGUGCGCCAAAUCCUACUCGCACCACACAGACAAGGUUUGCUCCGUGGCAUGGCACAAGACCGAGGCCACCAUCCUGCUGAGCGGCAGCUACGAUCGCACCGUUGUCGCCGCCGACAUGAGAGCGCCCGACGCCAGAGCUCCGCGAUGGGGCGUGGAAAGCGACGUGGAAAACGUGCGCUGGGACCCCCACGACGCCAACUACUUCCUCGUGUCUACGGAGAAGGGCUGCGUCCACUACCACGACGUGCGAAACGCUCCGUCGAAUCCCUCGGCAACAAAGUCCGUCUGGACGCUGCAAGCCCACGACGAGUCCGUCUCGUCGUUUGACGUCAACCCCAUCAUCCCGGGGUUCAUGGCCACCGGGUCGACGGACAAGACGGUCAAGCUGUGGAACAUUCAACCCACGGGCCCUUCCAUGGUGGUGUCACGCAACCUGGACGUUGGCAAGGUCUUUGCCACCACCUUUGCGCCGGACGCCGAGGUUGGGUUCCGCUUGGCCGUGGCGGGCAGCAACGGAAACAUGCAAGUCUGGGACACGAGCACCAACGCUGCUGUCCGGCAGGUUUUUGCGCAGAGACUGCCAGCUCAAAAGGGAGACGUUGUGGAAGACCGUUUGAUCGGUGUAGACGACGACGAGAGCAGCUCGUCGGAAGAAGAGAUUGAAGGUGGCGAGGGACAAGAUCAGGAUGGUGAGUCGAUGGAUGAGGAUUAG